AGAUUUCAUUAGUGGUUUGAAAGGUCUAAAUGUCCCUCUAUCAGUUUUUAAUCUUGGAAAUGGGAUCGGCACAAUAUUUAUGGCACCACUUUCAGAGAGAUACGGACGGGUGCCGGUGAUGAGGUCAGGAUGGAUGUUGUUCAUCAUCCUCAACAUAGGUUGUGGCUUUGCGACGAACCAAUCCCAGCUCUUCUUCCUCCGUCUGCUUGCCGGGAUUGCCGCUGGCGGGCCGAUCUGCCUAAGCCAAAUCAUUCUGGCUGAGAUGUGGGGCAGACGGGCCAGAGGGACGCCCUGUUGCUUGAAUUCACUUGUCGUUGUUGUUGGCCCAUCAAUAGGCAAUGUCUUAGGUGGAUGGACAAUAGAAUCUUUUCCUUGGAGAUGGAUAUUUUGGGCCACAAGUCUGAUUUCCAUCGUUCAACAGAUAUUGGUGAUCUUAUUCCUUCCGGAAACCAACAAGGCCAAGCUUCAUACCACAAGUCCCACUGUCCAGAUGUCUGAUAUCAAGUUGAGCAACAUCACCAUAGUUGAUGAUGACCAGUCACAAAUCAUUCAUCCCAACUCCAACUCCAAACCCAAAUCAAUUGAUGGAAAAUCUACAAGGCCAUCAACUCCUGUCAAGGAAAACUCAACUUUGGAUCAGCAUAGGUUUUCCCAGCCAAAUUUUCUUACAAAAUUCAUUCCACCUCCCUUGUGGAUUUUUUUCCACGAUCCUUUGGUCUUUAUCUUAAGUGUACAGAUGGGGAUGAUCUAUGCGUUGUUUUACAUGGUCCAAACCCGAAUCAUAUCAUUCUAUCACCACGACCUGAACGAGUCAACCGAAAUGAGCAGUCUGCAUGUGUUGUCAAUGUCGCUCGGUGCAAUCUGUGCAAGCAAGCUCAACACCCGAGGCCUGUCAGCAAUCUGUGACCGGCUUCGAAUCGUCUCGGAGCGCUCCCGGGAUCGGCCAGAGUAUAAGUUCCGAUGUAUGAUCCCAGGAAUCUUGCUCCUCCCUAUUGGUGCCUUUUGUUUUGGUCUCAUCACUAACAUCAAAAGCUCUUGGCUGCUACCAGAUGUUGGUCUUUUUUGUCUUGGAGCAGGCGUGAUUUUUGGGUUUCGUAAAGCAGGUUCUUACAUUAUUGAUACAUUUGGAGACCAAGCAGCCUCGGCUCUAGCCGCAAUGCAUCUGAUACGAAGGAUUGAAAGUUUUGUGAUCCCAUUGGUGAUCAACCUUACAAUCAAGGGCAGAUUUAAAUAUGAGCUCAUCAUCCUCGGCUCCACCCUCUUUUCCCUUCUCAUUGUCUGCCCAAUGCCUUUCCUUCUGUUUACAUAUGGACCUAGAAUAAGGAGACUGCCACUCUCUGGAGAUUAGAUUAUAAAAUAAAAACAAAAGUAAA